AUGACUGAAGAUGAUGUCAAACAAAUGUUCAUAACAAAAGAGCUUUGUGGAAUCGUUCGCAUCUUCCUCAAAGAAAAAGAAACAAAUCAUAACAAUACUGACAUCGAAGAUGAUGAUGAGUCAAUUUAUAGUUCGACUUCAAGAGUUCAAUCAUCACCCAACAACAGAGUAUUUUUACCUUUUCAACUGCAAGAAUAUAUGAUCGAGAAUUUUUAUGGAGUGGCUCGACAAUAUUGUGGCUCCAACACCAAUCUGAACGCUGAAAAUUUCUUGAAUGCUCUCAAUAAUUUUUUAAGUGCCUUAAUUGUUGGCUUACAAUUCAACAAAGAGAAAGAUCAAUCCACAAGAUUACCAUAUGAGUAUUAUUGUUGCUUCCCAUCACCAGAACAUAUUAAUUAUAUUGUUAUUGGUGAAUUUGAAAGAGCAUGUCGUACUUUUGCCAUGCUUUCAGAUACUGAAUAUGAAGCUCCAACCAUUCAUACUCUAUUGUUUAAUUUGAAUAUACCUGGUAUUAAAGUUUUACUUACAAAAGAAUUCAAAUUGAAACAAUAUUCGAAUAAUGACAUUGUGGAAUUUGAUAAAUUGGAGCAGCAAUGGAACAGAACACAUCAACCACACAACUUGCUGCAAAAUUUCAAAAACAAACAAUCCAACACGCAUAUCACCAUUGAAGGAAUUACUUAUCACAAACAACAAAUUGAAAAACCAGAAACAAAUGACUCUCAAUUCCGAAUAUUUAAGCAUUGGUGA